AUGAACCAAAAUUUUGUCACUCUCUCACUGAGGAAGCAAACAAAAUGAGGUGGUUGGUUUGGGGAGUGCUGUUGGUCCUCCUCGGUGGCCAUUCGUCUUCAUCGUCUCCGGCGCCGGCGCCGGCGGCCUUCGUCGGAAUCGGAGACGGCCAUUUUCAGUUGAACGGUUCUCCAUUUGUGUUCAAUGGAUUCAACUCUUAUUGGAUGAUGUCCGUCGGAGCUGACCCAAACCAACGCCGGAAAGUCUCCGAUGCCUUUCGCGACGCUGCCGCCGCCGGCCUUACCGUCUGCCGGACUUGGGCCUUCGCCGACGGCGGCUAUCACGCCCUCCAAAUCUCUCCCGGCGUUUACGAUGAAUCGGUUUUUCAGGCUCUUGAUUUUGUGAUAUGGGAGGCAAGAAAAUACGGAAUUUGGAUAAUAUUGAGUUUGGUGAAUAAUUACGGCGACUACGGCGGAAGGCCGCAGUACGUCCGGUGGGCCCGGGCUGCCGGCGCUCAAAUUCACAACGACGAUGACUUCUAUACAAAUCAACUCAUCAAGGGUUUCUACACGGGCCACGUCGAGAAAGUGUUGACAAGGAAGAACACAAUGAGCGGCUUAAGGUAUAUGGAUGAUCCCACGAUUAUGGGAUGGGAACUCAUGAACGAACCACGUUGUGAAGUUGAUUCCUCUGGCGCCACUGUUAAUAGAUGGGUGGAAGAAAUGGGAACUUAUGUGAAGUCAAUUGACAAAAAACAUUUGGUGGGCAUUGGAAUGGAAGGAUUCUAUGGAGAUUCAAACCCAAGUAGAAUCAAAUUCAACCCAAAUGGUUACAAAGUUGGCACUGAUUUUGUGACCAACAAUCUCAUCAAAGUUAUAGACUUUGCAACAAUACAUGCAUAUCCUGAUUCUUGGCUACCAGGACAGAGUGAGGCAACCAAAAUGGCAUUCUUGGAGGAGUGGAUGAAAAUUCACUGGUCAGACUCAAAGACAAUCUUAAAGAAGCCAUUGAUUUUUGCAGAAUUUGGAAAGUCAACCAAAAACCAAAACCAAAACCAGGCAUUCAGUGUAAGAGACAGAGAUUCAUUCCUCACUAAGGUUUAUUCAAACAUCUACAACCUUGCAAGAAAUGGGACAACCAUGGCUGGAGGUUUGGUCUGGCAAGUUAUGGCUGAAGGAAUGGAGUCAUACUACGAUGGAUACGAGAUCGUUCUUUCCCAGAAUCCUUUGACAACCGCCAUUAUAAUGCAACAAUCAAAAAACAUGGCUGCCCUUCAACAUUAACACUCAUCACCCCCUCAACACAACAAAAGAUAGUAAAAACUUGCUCAUACUGUAAUAAGAAACCAUGGACAUGUUGUGCAGAAAGGGCUGAUGUGAAAAAUGUCGUGAAUCUAAUGAUAAAUUUAGAGGAUGGUUUAUGGGUUCUCUAAGUAUUGGAAUGUAAUUACUUAUCUAAAAAGGAUAGUUUAGGUUGAAUCUAAAUCAACCCAAGCUUAUUAGUUGGAAAAUAAAAGUAUUUUGUUGUCAGUGGUAUAACC